AUGUUACUCCUAUCGUUAACCAUUUCUGUAUUAGGCAUCAGUUCGCCAGUCUGCUGUCAAGGCUCUGUAGUCACAUCGAACUUACUAGCUGAGGUAAUCGAUGAAUGCUUCGUUUUUCGUCAAGUACCCCUUCUCAUCAUUUGCGACGAAGAGGACUCAGUUCAUUUUGAUCUGGUUGAUCAGAUCAUCGGCAAUCUACGAUAUUCCAGAGCAGUGCAGCUAGAUCCCACAAACAGUGAGUACAAAACGUGGUUCUAUUCCAUGUUUCUCUUCGUAAGCUACGAAGACUUCGCCACGUUUAUCUACCUAAUGGAUUGGGAUCAGUACGAUCUUUACGGGUACUACUUGUUCAUUUUAAACGAAGCCACCAAUCUGCAAGUCCUCAAUGCUUUCGAUAUUAUUUGGCAACUCAAACUGCUUCGUGUCCUUAUUAUCGUGUUUAACGGAGAUCAACCAGAAUUGUUUAACUACUCUCCUUACACGGCUCACACAUGCGGAAAGCCCAUGGUUCACCGUUUUGACCCGUACAAUUCGUCGCAGUUAUUCGUUGCUCGAUUGGAAGAUUUUUCCGGCUGUCAAAUAAUACUGGGAACCUUCGAAACUCCGCCGUUUAUUCACUUUCAAGAAGACAAUUCUAUAAAUGGAUUCGAAGGUGACCUCGUUAAUACGUUAGCGGAAAAGCUUAAUUUCCGAUUGGUUAUCGUAACCCCUCCGGAUGACGCCCAAUGGGGUGAUCCUCGGCCCAACGGUAGCACUGGACUGAUGAAGCUUCUCCAGGAUGAAACCGUGCACUUCGGCAUCGGUUGUCUUGGCAUUAUGACCCAGAGAAACGAGAUCCUGCAGCCUGGGAGGCCGCACUAUAACUCACGAGUUCUGUUCGCCGUACCCGAAGGACGGCCUCUCAACUCUUUUGAAAAGCUGUUCCAACCUUUCGAUCGAACUGUUUGGAUGACGGAAGGAAUGCUCAUUGGUAUCACCAUCUCAGUCGUAUUGAUGCUGAAGUUCGCUCCAGACUCCGUCAGAGACUUCAUCUACGGGGCGAACAACCGAACCCCGUUUCUGAAUGCGAUCAACAUCUUCUACACUGGGGGUCUGUGUCGCACCCCGAAACGUAACUUUGCCCGAACUUUGUUGAUCCUUUGGGUACUACAUUGCUUCGUUAUGCGAACCGUAUAUCAAGGUCUGUUGUUCAAAUACUUGCAAGUGGCAUCCAACCACAGACCGAUCGAUACAAUUGACAACAUCGAGCGAUCGGCUCUGUUCUACCACAUCAACAAGAAUGCCGAGCGCUUCUUCACACACAACCCCAGUCUGUUCAAACGCAUCCGCUACAUUACACCGGGCAACGACAGCGUCAGUGUUGCUCUGGACGACGUAUCAAGUCGCCGGGUCCGUGACGAAGUUGUCGUUUGCACUCUCGAACACAUUGCGUACCACAACAAGAGACGCCUGCAGCAGGGGUUCCUUCGCAGUUCCCGCGACAGCAUCAGCUCGUAUCCCAUGGCGAUUUACUAUCCGAAGCGCACGUUCCUGGUACGCAUCCUGGAUCGCAUGAUCGGCCGCAUCGAAACCGCCGGGCUGGUGAACUUCUGGGUACGACGGUACGGAAAUUAUAACUUUUUCCCGAGGAAGAUUGACCACACGCAGCCGACUGCAAUCCGCAUCGAACAGCUGCUGGGGUGCUUCGAGUGCAUUUGUGUCCAGUGGAUGAUUAGCUUCGGAGUGUUUGUAUUGGAAUUGCUGUCGCUGAGGUUCCCCUGCAUCCGAAGGAUUUUGGAGUUUCUUACAAACAGAUAG